AUCAGACCUACACACCCACCUCCAGACACACUCGCAUUUCUCAUUUCUUACUUCUAGUCUAAAUUAGAUAGCGAGACGCGUUGUCGGAGCUCACACAUCGCAUAGAAUUAGUUUCGAGUACUAGCUCUAGUUAAGCAAUAAAUCUGAAAAUUCAACAUGGACUCCCCUCCAGAUCCAGCGAGCGACCCGGGCAACAGCGCCUCGGAGCCGGCUACCCCGGUCAGGGAAACCCCGGUAAACCUGGAGACUCUCCGGAAAGCGGACCAUCCAGCCCCGGUUCGAAGGCAGACCUGUUCGAGCACCAACAGAGGUAUCUCAGUAACAAAGAAGACACAUACCUCUCAAAUCGAAAUAAUUCCCUGCAAGAUCUGUGGAGACAAAUCAUCAGGCAUCCAUUACGGCGUGAUAACAUGUGAAGGCUGUAAGGGCUUCUUCAGGAGGAGUCAGCAGAGCAAUGCAGCGUACUCAUGCCCCCGUCAGAAGAACUGCCUGAUCGACCGCACCAGCCGCAACCGCUGCCAGCACUGCCGGCUGCAGAAGUGCCUGGCAGUGGGCAUGUCCAGAGAUGCGGUGAAGUUCGGCCGCAUGUCAAAGAAGCAGCGAGACAGCCUGUACGCUGAGGUCCAGAAGCACCGGCUGCAGCAGCAGCAGCGCGACCACCAACAACAGCCGGGUGAGGCGGAGCCACUCACACCCAGCUAUGGCCUCUCAGCCAAUGGCCUCACGGAGCUCCAUGACGACCUCAGCGGCUACAUGGACGGUCACACCCCCGAUGGCAGCAAACCAGACUCGGCGGUCAGCAGCUUCUAUCUAGACAUCCAGCCAUCUCCUGACCAGUCAGGCCUGGACAUCAACGGCAUCAAACCAGAGCCCAUCUGCGACUUUGCCCCUGGCUCUGGCUUCUUCCCUUACUGCUCCUUCACCAACGGAGAAACCUCCCCCACCGUGUCCAUGGCUGAACUAGAGCAUCUGGCCCAGAACAUCUCUAAGUCACACAUGGAGACAUGUCAGUACCUGAGGGAGGAGUUACAGCAGAUGACCUGGCAGGCCUUCCUGCAGGAGGAGGUGGAGAGCUACCAGAACAAGCCCCGGGAAGUCAUGUGGCAGCUGUGUGCUAUCAAAAUAACAGAGGCCAUUCAGUAUGUGGUGGAGUUUGCCAAGCGCAUCGACGGCUUCAUGGAGCUCUGUCAGAAUGAUCAGAUAGUGCUGCUGAAAGCAGGCUCUUUGGAAGUCGUGUUUGUCAGAAUGUGCCGUGCCUUUGACUCGCAAAACAACACAGUCUAUUUUGAUGGAAAGUAUGCCGGACCUGAUGUGUUCAAGUCAUUAGGCUGUGACGACUUGAUCAGCUCCGUCUUCGAGUUUGGGAAAAACUUGUGUUCUAUGCACCUGUCUGAGGAUGAGAUCGCCCUGUUCUCCGCCUUUGUGUUGAUGUCUGCUGACCGGUCUUGGCUCCAGGAGAAGGUGAAGGUGGAAAAACUCCAGCAGAAGAUCCAGCUGGCUCUCCAGCAUGUCUUGCAGAAGAACCACAGAGAGGAUGGUAUACUUACAAAGUUGAUAUGCAAAGUGUCGACACUGCGAGCGCUGUGCAGUAGGCAUACAGAGAAGCUCACAGCUUUCAAAGCAAUAUACCCAGACAUUGUGCGUGCCCACUUCCCCCCCUUAUACAAGGAGCUGUUCGGAUCAGACUUUGAGCAGUCCAUGCCCGUUGACGGGUAGCAGCCCUGCCAGGUGCCAGUGUGCCCACCGUAGGGGAAUGUGGAGGAGGAAUCUGAGACACUUUAUUGGUGCCCUGCACAAACCAGAGCGGACAGAUGGCACGCUGUUCAACUUCUUCUUUUACAUCGGACGGGAGGGCUUAGGGAGUUGAUUCUCAAGGUUUACUUUAUUGAAUUUAGUUCUCUGUCUGGAAGACUUGUGAGACCCGACAGCACGUGGGACAUGAAGAGGAGAUGGGGACAAAUCAAUUCUGUCUGGCUGAACUUAACCCUUUUAUUGCACAUUUCAAAAUUUAAGCCAGUGGAUAUUUUAUUAAUUUUUUUUUUUUUAUUGUCAACAGUAUUUAUUGCAUCCCCCUGGUUUUGAUUUGUCCAUACAUCCGACUCACAAUUGAAUACACAAAAGCACAAGUCAGUUUUGGAUAGUACUAAUAACCCUACCAAUUCAGAUUGAACAUUUUUGUAUUCCAAACGUUUAAUUGGCUUAACCCUAUCGACUACACUCUACGCCAGAAUCAAAACAACAAACUCCUAAAGUGUGCACAUUUUGGUCAAGUUCAGCCAUGUUCUUUUCUCUUGUGUUCAGCUGUAUCUUUUUGGACAAAGUUCCUGGAAUGAAAAACUCACAGCAACUUUGAGGGAGGGGUCUGUCGGCAUGGUGAUGCAAUCGGCACCUCUCUGUGGACAAUCGUUUCAACAAAAAAAAAGUUUGAAAAAAAAAAAGAAACCUAGAAUUCUGGUAAUUCUAAUGAAAACGCAAUGAUUUUAGCUGUCAAAGACUCCAUCCACCAUUGUUGCAUAGUGAAAUCAUGUAAGGCCAUCUGCUAUUAAUCCUUCUCUGGACAGGUGCCCUGGAGAAGCACAGGGCACCAACACAAUGAAAAGGGUCCAUUCCACCUGUUUUAUAAUGUACUACAGGGUAUAUGGUCAUAAGUACUUACUAUACAGAAAAAAAGUAAUGUUUAUAGAAUCUAUUUUAAAUAACAUGUAUGAUAUUAGUAGUUAGACCAUUCUUAAUUGUUGAAUUGAUAAGGCACUUUUAUUUACACCUUUCUUUAAUUUAAGACUUGUAUAUUUACCUAGUGAUGUGUUGCAUGUGCACAAGAAAUACAAGUUGAACCAUGGUCACAGAGGCUAGUCCCGGGAGCUGCAGAUGAUUCUGGUCUGGAAGUGUAAGGGCUUUCUGUUAGGACUGCUCGCUGGUUGGUGGACAAAAGAGGCAGAUGAGAAGGCAGGUUAGAGUCACUCUUAUCAGCUGUGUUACCCUGACAACACCUGUCAAAAUGUAGCUCUGACACUCCUUUAAGGGAGCAAGCACACACACACACACACACACACACACAAUAUUUCUGUUCUUUCUUGAUCAAGUCAAGGUGUUAUAUGGUGACAUAUGCAAUAUUUGUGACUAUGCUAUAAUUUUGGUUCUAAUUUAACUGUUGAAAACUUCACAUUUAAUGUAAAGAGCACAAGAAAGGACGAACAUUAUCACGGCCAGGUCUUACAAAAAGCUGGAAUAUCCCCGGGUUUAGAGCACACAUUUAGACUGUAAUCCAACUCUUCCAUCUAGUGGAAGGUAAAAGACACAGCAAGCUAAAAGCCUAACAAAGAAACAGGGUCUAAUCUAAAAGCACAUUUAUGAGCCUCUAUCAAAAUGUUUUUUUUUUUUGUAAUUGUUUUCUGUUAUUGUUUUUGAGUGACUUUAUCUGCCUUCUCAGCAACAGCCUCAGUCCAGCUACGCCACUACAGGGCACAGAAGGAACAGUGAAGGGGGGGCAGGGGGGAGUGAAUAUUCAAAGCCUUGUCUGGUAGUAAAGCUUCUAUUUUUGUAACACGUUUUGGUUUAUAAACUCAUGAAAGAGAAGGAGGGAGAGAAAAAGAUGUCAGGUAGCACUUAACUAUAUUCCCGCAAUAAUUAGACUAGCCGUUGUUUGUAUGAUUAGGGGAGAAACGUAAAAAUGGUAGGACAAGUGCUAUUUUCAGAAUGCUUUGUUGUUGUGUUUCUGUUUUGUUGAGUGUGUCUUUCUUGUCAGUGUGGUAGUAAAGUGGUUUUUGGACAAAAAAAAAGAAAAGAAGAAAAACCUCGUUGUGCCAAACAGUAGUCGUUGCUUCUGCUUUCCAGUCUACUCGUCUAUUAUGUAGAAUGGAUACCUAAGACAUUCCAGCAAUCUCAGUAGCGACUUGAAAUAUCUUUCAAAAAACAACACAAAAAAAAAGGAAAAAAAAAAAGAUAUCCCUUUAGAAACCCAACAAAGCAUGUUAAUACAUCUGUCACCGACCCCUAACAUAGAAUCUAGUUGUUUUGUCUUUUGUUUUCUGUUCGCACACGAUCAUUCCUCUGCCGUGCAAUUUGUACAAGGCGUUGCUGCCUUGUGCUGUCACCCCUCAGGGAAGAGUUUCUUUUGCGCUUUCUGUUUGAGAGGACAUUUGUUUGUUACUCAUUCGAUUUAAUUUAUGUUGUUUUUGUCAGGGAUGUUCCAUGAGAAAUGGUUGAGGUUUGAGUGUUUUUUUUUUGUAUUGACGUCCUUAUUGGGGACCUCCAGCCACUCAAAGGCCACUGCGGCCCUACGGUCAAGUUCAACAAAAUGUCAUUUCGAACAACACAAACCCCCAUCACAUUUUUAAAAAAAAAGCAGUUCUAUCAGCACACAGCAUAUUGUCACACACACACACAAAACAAACUGUUUUUGGUUUCAAAUGGUGUCAUCAGGGUCUUUAAAAAAUGAUAACCCUCUUUGUUAGAAAAAACCAAAUAUUCUUAUGCAAUACUAAAUCUGUUGUGUUCGGGUUGUAGUAGAUAUGCUGUACCUAAGUAAUAAUCUUUGUUAAGAUCCAAUGCUAUUUGGAUAUGCACAAGCCCAGUACGACUAGUAAACCUCAGUCUCCCAGCUAAACAAACCCAGUCUGGAACUCUGCUAGACAAUCCAGGUUGAGAGGCUCAGUUUGUGGCCCAGGCAAGAGCAAGCGAAGAGGAUGAGGUGUGUAUGCUCAGGGAGGUAACAGAUAGGCCGAAGAAGCAGCUCGCAGAGCACUCGAUCAGAUGAAUUAAUGAGGUCUUUAAAAAAAAUCUCUUCAAAGCACUCAUUUGAUACGAGGAGGUGGCAGAGCACACUGAACACACAGUGCAGCACUUACUGAUCAGGAAAAGGAAAAGAAGGAAGAGAUGGAGAUUUGGCUGAUUUUCUGUUAUUUAUUUGCAAAAAAAAAAAAAAACAAAGUUUGUGUUUGGAAACCUUUAAUUUGUUGUUUAAAUCAAACAAUUCAGUCUUUUCUCAAACAUGAUUAGCAAAGGUCUACUACCUACACGGUUCCUGUCUCAUGAAAUGAAAACGUUGUGUUCGAUAUAAAACAAGCAAUACGCCUUGUGUUUAAAAAUUACGGGUCUCUACGGUUCAUCCUUUUGAAUUGGCGUUCUUCAUUCAGCUGAUUCAACUUAUUCUCAGUCAAAAGCAUAAAAAGUAAUAAAGCCACACUGCUCUGUUUUUAAUCUUCUGGUAUGGUUGUAAUAUUUGGCAGGAUAGCAGAAAAUCGCUCCUCAAACAUGUGGAAACUUGUGUCAAAUUAUAAACUGCUCCUCCACACGGGCCUGUAAAGUGAUGUCCUUCUGUGUAUUAUCACUUCUUGAUAUCCCGAUUUAAGUAAGGGAUCGAUGCUAAGUGUGCGAUUCAAUCAGUGUAUAGUGUUCAGUCAAAUGUGCUGGUCCUUCUGUCUCUGCUCUGUUGUCUGUUUUGUAAAAAGCAAUAGUGUGUGUGUGAAUGUGUGUAUGUGUUUGUUCUCACAGUGUGUGAAUAAAAAUAAACCCCAGACAAGGCUUUAAUAAUUACAGAGGAACAGGGUUAUGUGGACGAGGAGUGGUCUUGAUUUUAUUUUGGACUUUAAAAAAAAAAAAAUUCAAAGGGUUUUUUUGGAAAAGCUGAGCUCAAUCCAUCCAAACAUGAUAGGUGUAGGUUUCAAAAAAAGCGUGACAUACUGCCUUCAACAAUUCACAGGUCUGCAGAAGGCUGUGGGGAAACAUUGACCGGCUCCACAGUGCAAUCACGCUUCACCGUCGGUUUCAGACAGCCGAAUCUUCAAAUGAAUGGUAAAUGAAUUCUGGACUGGAUUAAAUUGUGAAAAUGAAGUUAUUCUCGACCCUAAAUUGUGAAGAUCAGCGCUAUGUCACGCUUUAAGUUGUGCUGGAGUGUCGGGUGUGUUACCAAGAAUUCUAAGUCAGUCAUCACAUUUGGACAGAACUCAUCCUCCAAAGCACAGCUGAUAAGGAUUUAUGACUUACAAAUACGUUUUAAGAAUAUAGUUUAAAAAAAAGAAAAAAAGAAAAGAUGAAAAGCAACUUCUAGCCAUAAUCGAAUGUCAAGCAAUAAUAUAUGUCCGUGUAUUCUUUUCUUUUAUCGGAUUCUUUUGUGCAUAAUAGUCUCUGAACAUCUGCAUGUAAAUACACCUCUUAUUUAUCACCUUUUUUUUUCUUUUUUUUCUUUUGUUGUGUUGAUUCUUCCGUGGAUUGUUUUUACGUUUCAUCUGUAUAUUUGACCAGUUCUGUUCCCGGGUGGAGAACCAAGAACUCGAUGGCCUGUAUGAUGUAUAUCUUUUUCUCUCUCUCUCUCUCUCUCUCUCUUUCUCUCUCCCUCAUUCUCGGCUGUUUAUUCACCAUAUUUAAUGUUAUAAUUGAUCACGUGUAUAAAGGUAGCUUUGUAAUUUCUGUCUGUAUAGGUAAGAGGAAAAUACUGCUACUAAGGCCUACCCAGUGAAGAUAUUUAUCUGUUUAUCGAUUACACCUUAUUGUACGAUAACUCGGUUUCUAGUUUGCUUCCCUCUUUUAGGAUUAGUUUGGUAGAAAUAGGGUAUGCUGACAUUUAUUUUGUGUUGCCCUGAUGUGUGGUGCUAGGUAAGUUAAUUUUGUGAACAAAGUAUUGAUUCCUAAGCCUAGCCGCCCUAUUAGUUCAUUCAUUUCAUUGCAUAUUAAUGUAUUAUUGAUAUUAGGACUCAAUAAAUAAUAAUGAUAAUGAAAAUGAUAGUGGUAAAAAUGUACCCGGCCAGUACCUGUAUCAGUGUGCUCGUCUCGGGAUAAGGCACUUAUUUCCUUCUGACUUAUAGCAAAGCUAGUAUCUGCUAAUUAACAAACUAUUUAAGGUUGCUUUUUGGGGUUUUUGGAGAAAUGCUAAUAUUCAAACUGAAACAGCAGUAUUGUGUUUUUCUUUGUCUGAUUGUAUAAAAACCACUCACUGAGGCUAUAGUUUGUCAGGUUUUUAAGAUACUUAAGAUUUACCUCUUGUGUCUGCAUAGUUCUUCACCUGAUGCAGGAAAGUGGUGCUUUGAUUUGAUGAAACAGAGCCUCGCUAUAUGCUUUUGUUAACCCCCGCCCCCCCUCCCGUUUUAGACUAUCCUGAAAGUGGUUUCCUCAUAAACCUUUUUUUUUUUUUUUUUUUGCACCACAUGAAGUGUUACAAAUGUCUAUGACAGAAUUGCCAUUUGAGGACAAAGUUGACCUUUUCUCUCCACUCUGUAGCAAAUAUCAGUGAGAAUAUGCUUGCAAUAAUCUACAACGUAUCACACUGAGUGCCUCUCGGUGUAACAAGAUGCAUACAUGGUUCUGAUUGUCUUCUUCUUUUUUUUUUUCUUUGUGGUUUUUCCAGACGUGUUCUGAAGUGACAAUGUAUUUUGUACAUGAGGAGGAUAAAUUCUCACUCGCAGGCUUUUUUUCAGAUUCUUUCUUUUUAUGUGAUGUUGAUCAUUUUCACGUGGGUUAAUGCGUCAAUGUUUUUGAUGGUCCGUUUCCAGUGUACGUGUCACCCCUCACCUUAUUUGAUGAACAUUAACUGGGAAGAAGUUUAUUUCAUGUCCAAUUUUUGAGUCCAAUAAAUGUUUGCAGAUAAUAUGACAGAAAAAUACACCUGCACUUUUUUUGAUCAGGCAAAAACUUACAGGCAAUCCACAUUUCUGUUAAGUUUUUAUUUUCUUCUUAUUGCAUCAAAGAACAGAUUUAUUGACGCAUUGUAUAUCAAGUAUUUGUAUGUGUUUGUAAAAGAUGCAAACAACACAUCUGGAUUUCUUUGGUGUUCUGUGUUCAGUGUACGCUCAGUCAGUCGGGGUAACUUAACAUGAAGGGUGGGUGGAGCAGGGGUGGAUUCUUCUUUCUUUUUUUUUCAUGCAAAUGCCGUUCCAUUUAUGGGAAAAGCCCCUAAACUCUGUGUGGUUGUCACAAUUUCUAAGUCACACGUUUGCUACUGAUGUUAUAAUGGGGACAGAUGAUCAUGUACCUUUUUAUCCAGCUCUUUUGAACUCCUUUUAGCAGGUAGUCUAUUCACAAACGUAGUUUUGCUCCUUCUUGUCUGAUUCUUAAAUAUGAAAAUAAGUAUUUUGAUUCAUUUUGUAAAUACAGCUGUAAAGAAAAAUAAGAAAUUUAAUGUUGUCUUUUAAAUACUUUUCAUUCUAAUAUGAAUGUUGUUAUAUUGUACUUAGAAACUGUACCUUUAAUAUUACCUUUAUUAAAAGUGCAUUGGACACAUCGAUUUUAGAUGUGCUUUAUGUGCUGUUAUCCCAUAAUAAAAUUUACCGCUUGUAAUGGGCUUUUA